AGUCUGGACAAAAUGUUAGGAGACAGAAUGAAUACGACUGAAUGGUUUCGUUCAGUCUAUGAACAUGUAACUCUGCCUGCUAUUUAUACCUUUGUGUUCAUGAUUGGUCUGGGAGCUAAUGUAUGGGGACUGAAGUCUCUGCUUCAGAAAUGGAAAAGUCUUGGUUACAUUAAUGUGUUCCUUCUGAACCUUGGAAUUGCCAAUUUUUUGUUCCUGCCAACACUUCCAUUUUUAACAGCCUACUACUUUAUGGGGAAUAAAUGGAUCUUUGGAGAAGUCUUCUGCAAGAUCACAAGAUUCUGCUUCAACUUGAAUUUAUACGGCAGCAUUGGAUUCCUCACCUGUAUAAGUGUGCACAGGUACCUGGCUAUUGUCCAUGCAGUGAAAGCGAAGGGAAGGAUGACUGUCCGUAACUCUGUGGCUAUCUCAGUUUUGAUUUGGCUGUUGGUGAGUGCUCAAAGUCUUCCAGACAUGCUCUUUCCCAAAAACUCAACAAAUAAAACUGAAAAAUGUCACCAUACCACCACUACAAAGUAUGUCGAGAAUUACCUGAAAUACAGUGUAGGCUGGACUCUCACUGGGUUUGUUAUGCCACUCCUUAUCUUUCUUGGCUGCUAUGGACAUGUGACUCUUGUUCUCUGCCGCAAAAAUACCAUUAAUAAGGUGGUGAAACAAAGAAGCUUAAGGUUGUUGUUCAUUUUGAUUUUGCUCUUCUCGGUUUGUUACAUCCCCUAUCAUAUUUUUAAGAACCUCAGCCUUUAUUCAAGAGUUUUGAUAAAACACAGGAUGCGUCCAAAAUGGGAUAAGGGAGUCUUUUGUGUUCAUCAGAUCAGUCGUGGUCUUGUGUGUCUGAAUAGUGUUUUGAACCCCCUGGUUUACCUCCAUGUCAUGGAUAUUCCUGCUCAGCUCCAACAGCUGCUUCAGCGGUUUCGUCAGACAUUUACUCGUUUGUUUGUGUCAGAAUACGGCAGUGUGCCUGUGGCACAAACUGCAAACACAGCAAUAUCUUAACAGUAAAUAAUAACUUUGCAUGCAAAAGUAACAGACUAUGUUAAAGACUGCUUUAUGUACUACAAUGUGCUUCAUUCCCUUAAUUAUCACUCGCUUUUUCUGGAUAACAGUUUUGGCACAAGUGGUUAGACAAAUGUGUAUAUAUACGUUUAUCUAUGUUUUUGUUUCCUAUUCUAUUGCCUUGUAUUCUGUGAAUGACUAAAAGCUGGUGGAAUGCAUUUACUCUUUUGAUUUAAAACUCUUUCUCCUUAUCUUGUAUGCAAGAUGUCAAUGUUAUUCCUUGUUAUUGCUCUGUAUUAGCUUCACUAGCUAUUAGCGUUUAGCUAAUGAUGUUAUAGAUCUGAAAUAAAUGUAAUUUAAUCCUUGAAAAUUGCAUUAUUCAAACCCCUUACAACAACAACUUUCACUUUAAUGAUAGAUCAGGACAGAGCUCUGGCAGAUUAGUAUAAUUUAUUUCAUAUUAAGUGCUAUUACCACAUUUUUCACACUUUUCAAGAAACUCAGCCUUUAUUCAAGAGUUUUGUCAAAACGGCGGAUGAGUCCAGAUUGGGAGUUUUUGGUGCUCAUCAGAUAAGUCGUGGUCUUGUGUGUCUGAAUAAUGUUUUUGACUCCCCUGGUUUACCAGGGGAUUUCCCUGCUCAGCUCAGGCAGCUGGUUCGGAAGUCUUGUCAGAUGUUUAGUUGUCUGACUCUGUCAAGCAGUAGCAUCAUGCCUUUGGCACAAAUUACACAAGUGUAAAAAGAUUUUGACAUUAAGUAUUGACUUUGGCUUUCUCAAUCACAGCUGAGUUUAAAGACUGCAUUAUGUAUUUCAUUUUAUAUCAUUCUUUUUACUAUUAUUCUCUUUUUUUGAAUAACACUUUUGAAAAAAAGGUCUAUGUACAUACUUUUAUACACACACUUCACACUCAAUCUACCUUCAAGCCUGUAAAGUUUAUUGUGUUUAUUGCUGACACAGUCCAGAUGUAUAUGCAAUGUAUUUUGUAGUGGCAACCUCUGUUUUGUUUUACUUUUUUUUAUUGGUCAGUUUAAAAUUAAAGACCUUAAUUUAAUUUAAAGACUUUUAUUCAAAGACAAAAUUUACUUUCACAUUCUUUUCUUGUUAAUCCGAUACUGUACAACUAGUCUGUCAAACGGAAUAAAAU